CCCCCUGGGUGCGAUGGAUAAACUGGGGGGGUAGAUGACCCCGGAGAUCAGGUGCAUCAGCAUGAGUGACUGAGAGCUCCUUGUAAUCCAUCAGCCGUUGCCCAUCCCUGCUAUCUCAUCGCCCCCACAUUGGCUGCUGUGGCCACCAGGAUGGCAUCCAGCUACAAUCCCCCGCUGGAUGGCCCAGUGGAGGUGAAGGAGGGCUUCCUGUGUCCGCUCUGCCUGAAGGACCUGCAGUCCUUUUACCAGCUGCAGGACCACUACGAGGAGGAGCACUCGGGGGAGGAGAGGCACGUCCGCAGCCAGAUCAAGAAUCUGGUGCAGAAGGCCAAGAAAGCCAAGGACAAGCUCCUGAAGCGGGAAGGGGAGGAGCGCAGUGAGAACAGCUAUGAGUCCUUCUACUAUGGCGGAGUGGACCCUUACAUGUGGGAACCUCAGGAGCUAGGAGCUACUAGGAGCCAUCUAGACCAUUUCAAGAAACACAGAGCUGAGAGGAUUGACCACUAUGUCAUUGAAGUUAAUAAGCGCAUCAUUCGACUUGAAAAGCUGACAUCUUUUGAUAGAACUAACAUGGAUGCAGGAAAAAUCAGAGCCCUAGAGAAGUCUGUGGUGUCGUGGGUGAAUGACUCGGAUGUGCCUUUCUGUCCGGACUGUGGGGGCAAGUUCAACAUCCGCAACCGCCGCCACCACUGCCGUCUGUGUGGCUCCAUCAUGUGCCGCAAGUGCAUGGAGUUUAUCCCUCUGCCAUUGGCCUACAAGCUGACGAGUGGUACCCGUGAGGCCUUGUGUGUGCCCGCGGGCAGCCCCGGGCAGUCGGGCGGCGGCGGCGGUGGCCUCGGGGGCCAGGGCAUCGUGGCGUUGCCACGGCGCGGCAGCAUCAGCAGCCUGAGCUCGGUCAGCUCGGUGCUAGAGGAGAGAGAUGACGACCGCAUUCGCUGCUGCCACCACUGCAUGGACACGCUGCUCAGGCAACAGGAGAAGCUGGAGGAGAAGGAUCACGUGCCAGACAUCGUGAAACUCUACGAGAAACUGAGACUCUGCAUGGACAAGGUUAACGAGAAGGCUCCAGAAUACAUCCGCAUGGCUGAGUCCCUCAAUGCGGGGGAGAACACCUAUAACCUGGACACGGCAGGUGGCCUUAGGAUGGAGGUCCAGAAAUACUACGAGCUCAUUGAUGCCCUCAGUAAAAAGAUUAUGACCCUUGGCUUGAAGGAGGAGCCUCAGCCUCAUCCAAAGACUCUACAGCUGCAGAGGAUGGUGCGCUACAGUGCCACACUGUUUGUCCAGGAGAAGCUUCUGGGGCUCAUGUCUCUGCCCACUAAGGACAAGUAUGAAGAGCUGAAAGAAAAGAGAAAAGAAGAGCAGGAGCGAAGACUACAGCUUGAGAGACAGGCUGCUCUGGAGAACCAGAAGCGGCGUUCAGAUCUGGACAGGAGCCGUCCGUUCUCCAACGGUGAGGCCCCCUCCUCCACAGGGCCCCGCUCCCCCCAGAUGACCAAAGCCGGCGGCUGGCUGCCCUCCUCGGACACGCUGCACACCAGCCAGCAGGAGGACCCGCUGCUGCAGCAGAUCGACAUCAUCCAGAGCUUCCUGCGGCAGGCGAAGGCGGCGGGCCGCACCGACGAGGCCGCCACCCUGGAGGAGAACCUGCGGCAGCUGCAGGAUGAGUACGACGUCCAGCAGACCAGCCGCGCCAUCGAGCUCUCCAGGAGGCUGGCCGAGGAGCAGAGCCUACAGCAGGAGCAGCUGGAGAGACUGGAGUGGAGAGAGAGGGAGAAGGAGAGGGAGCGGGAUCGGGAUCAGGCAGGGGAGAAGGAAUGGAGGGAUCGGGAGGAGGAGAAGGAGGAGUGGAGGCAGCCAGAGGAGGAUGGACAAAGAAGAGGGGAGCAGUGGGCCAUGGAGAAGACUGAGGAUGAGGACGAUGAAGAGGUGAGGAGGAGAUUUGCCCUGGCCAGACUGAGCACGUCGCCACCCCGGGCCACAAGCAUCCGCAGCUUUCCACCUCUGAGCGAGUCGCCGCCGACCGUGUCGGACCAGGCCCCCUCCUCGCUCAACCCCUUUGACGAGGAGGACUCCACCCCGGUAGAGGAGGACACCUCCAACCCCUUCGCUGAAGACAUCCAGAGAGAGCAGAGGGAGGCCACCACCACCACGGCCAAUGGCCGGAAGGAAUACAACCCCUUUGAGGAAGAGGAGGAAGGAGGAGGAGGAGGAGGAGCAGCGGUGAACAAGCAGGAGACGCCGGCUAGUGCCAACCCCUUUGAAGAAGACGAGGACGAUGCAGGAAACCCUUUCAAGGAGGGGACGUCGCCCGGCAGUGCCGCCACACCUCCUGGACCAUCCACCAAUCCCUUCGACGACGAGGAUGAAGACGACGCCUCCAUGGCGUGCGAGAUCAUCGAGGAGGAGCUGCUGAGGCAGCAGAUCGAUAACAUCCGAGCCUACAUCUUUGACGCCAAGCAGAACGGCCGGGCGGACGAGGUGGAGCUGCUCUCGGAGAACCUGCGAGAGUUGCAGCGCACGCUGCAGGAACAGAAGAGGAAAGCCCCCUGAAGAUGACCCCCCUGCCCCCACGCUUAACCUUUUAUUCUUUCUGGCCCUCUCUGUCUGCUCCAGUGGCUCGGGCAGUCCUGCUUUUUCUGCGGACUUUUUAACAUAAAGAAAAACAUCAACAAGAAGAAUUGAUUGUUUUAAUGUCUGUGAGCAGGACAAAGCAGGACGGUUUGAUUUGUUUACUGUUGUGUGUCUCACCGUUGUGUCGUCAUUCCCUUUUUGUCCUGGACAUUUCUAAUGGUAACUUUUAAGUAGAUAAUGGGCACACAGGUGGAUGAUGUCACCAACACACAUUCUCCAUUUUGAACUUGGCUGAUGAAUAGGACUUUCCUGACUCGCUGGAUGUUAAAUCUAGUGUCCUAUGAGGCCAACUGGCACUUAACGCUAAGAGAUGUAGUGUCCCUCGGUUGUUCUGAUGCCAGCUUAUUUUUCCUGCCUCAUGGCAGGCCACAUCAAUAUCUGGCUCUUCCUGAGUUCUAACUUGGGUGCAGUGUGACUUCCAUCUGCAAGAAUGUGUCCACAGUUGACUGAGAAAUAGAAACAAUAUGGCCAUGGCUUCCAGGUUCACUGCACUCAACUUGACCGUCAGCUCUCCUGCUCGAACGGUCAGAAAGCAUAAGACGAGAAUUUAUCCUGGGCUCUGAGAGGUCUUUCUUGCUGCAGCCUUAGAACAAUGGGUUUGGGGACAUCUCUGGUUUUGAGAUGUGGAUGAGCAUUGUAGAACUUUUACAAUGAAUACCGGUGUCAGGAGAAACACACGAGAGGCUGAAUCUCCUAAGAUGCUUUGAUCCCCUAAAUAUGAAGUCCUCUGAAACAUCGUUCUACACAACAUAAUCAGAGGGCUAACAAAGGACUGUCGAACAACCAUAACUUUUCAAGUAAAAGGUCUGUCAUAUGUGAAUAGUGUGUUAAAUGUGUGUGUUGGAACAGAUUUUGCCACAGAUCAACUACAAAGUUUUACUCGGUAUAUCUGAUGGGUUUGGGAAGGCACAGCAAAGUUCUCCUUUGGCAGUACUUGAUAUGCCAGGUCAGAAUCCAAGCAGUGAAACAUGUGAAUUCCUCUUUUAGUCUGGGAUUCAUCUGGACCAAUGUUCAUUCAUUAGAGUAAGAUAAGUCAACAUCUGCCCACUCCAUGCAAAGGAGUAUGCUUUAGUUCUGUCUCCUAAGGGGGUGUUGUCCCAUCAGUCUUCCUCACUUUCUGUGGUGGCUUGCUAAAAAUGUGUGCUACUGUCAUCUCACCAUUCGUCUCCAAACCGAAGGUCUAAAGGGGCGCUCACCUGACAUGGAUCCCGGAAAAGUAUGAGCUUGAAGUACUUACUCUCAUAGACGAUCAUUGAUCUUGACUUCUUUCUUGGGUCUACCCAAUUUUAGGUCCUCCAUUCAAAAUAGCCCACUACAUAUUAACUUGUACCAAGUAAUGCGCUUUUUGGUGAUGCGUAUCGAUUCCUCCUUGAUUCAACUACCACUUUCUCCUUGACCUCACUCACUCACUGCAUGGCUUGGAUGCAGCCACUCUCCCAAUCAAUUUUGUUUUCUCUUAAAGCAGCUACACUGCUCUUGGGAUAUGUUGCAGGCGCUCCUGGGCAGCCAUAAACUAUACACUAACAUGCACAUUGCAUGAACCUGAUCUCACACUCAUGUUGCAUCUCGUGAUACUCACUGACAUAAAAUUUGCUGUCUGCUGGUCAAGGGUUGGACUGUUUCUGCAAGCAUUCACUUAUAUGACAUGUAAUGAUCGUUAAAAAUUAAACAUUCAGUUGGGUUGUAAACAUCAAACACUACUCCAAUCUAGCGUGGUGAAGUAUUAUCAUGUUCUGUUUAGCGCAGAUAAAACAGUUUCCUUUGGAUCUGCAAAGUUUACUUUAAAACAUUAUGAAGUUGCUACACUCUUUUUUUUGUCUCUCAACAGUAUUGUUCUGGUCACCAGUGCACGUCAUACAGUGUCCUUAGCCUUCAAAAUGCAGGAGUCUGACACCCACAUCUACUGAAGGCACUUGUGUACUUGUGGCACACUGAAUGACUUGUGUUUAGUUGCUUUGGAUAAUGUUGCCUGCUCUCCUGUGUUCAUGUCAGGGGUAUGUUGUAACUGCACUAAUACAAUUAAACGUGAAGUCAAAAGA